AUGCCCGAGUAUCGCCACAUGCGCAGCGGCAGCCUCAGCAUCCCCAGCGCCGCCCACGGAAGCAGCCAUCACAGCAUGCCGCGCAGCCCGCCCAACACAUCGCACGUCCCGUGCAAGUUUUUCCGCCAGGGAGCCUGCCAGGCCGGCAAUGCCUGUCCCUUCAGCCAUGACCUGGGCGCCGCCUCGGAGACGAUCUGCAAAUAUUUCGCAAAGGGUAACUGCAAGUUUGGCCCCAAGUGCGCAAACAUCCACGUCCUGCCCGACGGCCGCCGAAUCAACUACGGUAAGAAUGGCGUUACCAUCGGCCCAAAUCCCCUCAAUCUUGCCAAUCGUGCGGGCGGUGCCAGUCCCGUCUCACAGACCCCGGGCGCUGUCAGUAGCCCCUUCAGCCAUUCGACCGCGAGUGCCCUGACCACAUCCCUCUACCGCGCCGACCAGCCCGCAUAUCCUUAUCUCAGCGAUGAGAUGCAGCAACUCGGCCUCUCCAGUGGCCACGAUAACGGCCCCCCUACCAUUGAUGCGCCAUACUCCGUCACAGAGUCUAGCUAUGGCUCUCCCCCCGACGACGACCCCUCCCGCCUUGGCUUUGGCCUGUCGCCAGCUGCCAAGGGCUUGUCUGUGCUCGAUGCCCCGUUGCCCGCCUCGUUCGACUCCAAUGGCAUCUCCAACGCUGCCCGCUUCCCUGCUGCGCCCUGGCCUUCGUCUGUGCCGUCAAAGUUUGGCCUCGAGUCGCCGUCUCCAUCGCUCAGCAGCAUCAAGGAUUCACGCACCUCCGAGACGCUCAAGCUGCUCCACUCGUCCGCCUUCGGAUCAUCCGAGCACCUUGCUACCCCCACCGCCAGCAGCCCGCCAGACUCGCAGCAUCUCACCGGCGAAGAGUACUUUGGGAAACGAAUUAUGCACUCGACCCGAUACCCCAAGCCACGAUUGCUUAGCGCCAGCAUGCCCAAGAACAUGGUUGACCGCGAUUGGGAGGCCGAAUUUGCCUUUGGCGACGACGACAACGUGCCUGAAAACCUCGUGCCUGGCGACUUGCAGGAUCUGUUGACCCCAGCCGAAAAGGCCCGGAGAGGCUCGAUGCGAGACGAGAGGCCUGAUUUCAGCCUCGGCAGUCUUGGCAAGUAUGGCAGUCCUAUUGGCUCAAGCCCGAGCCGUUGGGGACCCCUGUUCCAGCGUCAGAAGGAAGAGGAGGAGAUGACCAGGUCGGCCCGAAGCGCUGCCGGAUCAGCUUUCGGUCAUGUCGGCAGCCCCCUGCGGAACUCGAUUCUAGCCAAGGAGAUGUCGGACGACCUCUCUGGGGCCAAUGGCCGGCCGUCUACCAUCCGGGCCGGGAGCGAAACCAUGUCGGUUCUUUCUCAGCAGCUCCAACGCAGUCGGCUGGAUGACACCUUGAAUGGCUCAAGCCCUCUUCUGCACCCCACCGUCAGUCGCAACGCUAGCAACGGCAUCGCGCCCAUCGGCAAGGACCGCAGUCUGGAGCGCCACGUCUCCAGCGCCAGCAUUGGUUCGUCUGUCACCGGCCGAUUUACCACGCCGAUUGAUGAAGAAGAUCCUGCGUUCGUCUUCAGCAUGGAAGAAGAGGACGAUUCUUCUUCCUAUGCCAACGCCGCCGCCAGCAAGGCAGUGACGGCUUCCAACGGCACCAAGGAGGGUCGAGACGCUGUUCCAGUCAAUGGAAGGUAA